AAUUCUUGGAAGGGAGAAGAAAAAGUAAAGUUAAGAGUGGCAUUUCCGUAAUAACAUCCAUGUAAUGGUCCUUUACUGUAUCUUGCCUCGUAUAUAUCGACGGUGGUAGCUAUCCACAGUUAUCCCUUCCAGGCUCCAGCAUCCUUCACAGUCUUCGUAUUCAGGGAACUACCAAUGGAAGUAAUGUCGAGGCAGAUGCGUUCAUCGAGCUUGAACCCUAACGCGCCGAUGUUUGUUCCGGCGGCGUACAGGGCGGUGGAUGACUUCUCCGAUGAGUGGUGGUCUCUCGUCCACUCCUCUCCUUGGUUUCGCGACUACUGGCUGCAGGAGCGCUUCCAAGAUCCACAAUCCAUCUAUUUCGACACAACCGUCGACGUCGACUUCGAGGAUGAAGACGACGACGACGACCUCCAACCUCUUUUCGAUUCCAACAUCACCGCCUUAAAACACGGAAAAGAAGAAGAGAGAGAGAAUUUGAAGGAUUUGGUCACGCUGGCAUCUUUGAAGUGGCGCAACAGCCAAGUUUCGGCGGAGCCUCCUCGGUACGCCGAGAAGGCCCCGAAGAUCGUGAACAAGAAAGUGAGUCCGAGGCCGAUUCAGCAGCCGAGGUAAACCAACUCUCACUGAGUUCGACAGAGAACCGGCAAAAAAAAAAAAUGAUCAGUCCGCGUAAUUUCCUUCUUAUUCUCGUUCUGAGUCUACUUUUUCAUGUAAAUACAGCGAUCGCUUUUCAGAACUCAGUUGUAAAUUUCCGGUUGUACUUAGAAAUGAAUAAAACUUUCAAUCCAAAA